AUGAAAUGGGGGUUCUGUGCAGAUGGAUUAGUGUGUACACUUGAAUCUACAGGAGAAGAACUAAAGGAUGAUCAGACAAUCGUUGACUCGAAAAUAGAAAAUGGAUCUUCGAUAAUUUGUAAUAUUCGAACAGAACUGUACCAAAUAUUUGUAAAGGAUUUACGAGGUAAAAUCGACACUACAAUUAGUAUUAAUUCGAAAGACACUAUUUCAACAUUAAAGAAACAAAUAGAACAGGAAAAUGCUGGUUUGCCUUCGCAUCGUCUUAUUUGCACACAAGAACAUACAGGAAAAGAACUGCAAGAUGAUGUUCCUAUUUCUGACUAUGGCAUUAAAAACGGCUCUUCAAUAAUAUAUAGGUUAAGCCCUAUCGAAUAUCAGGUUUUUGCUAAGUUUCAGACAGGAGAAAAAUACGAAAUUCGUGUAAAUGAUUCCGACGUUAUAGCUACAUUGAAGGCGAAGAUAGGGGAGAAAUCUUUUUACCAGGCAAAACGAUUAAUCUGUAAACUUGAAUCUACAGGGGAAGAAUUGAGAGAUGGCCUGACAGUCUUUGACUCAAAAAUUGAAAAUGAAACUUCCAUAGUAUGCAUUCUUCGGCCGGUUGAGUUCAAACUUUUUGUGAGACAUAAAAUUAGUGGUAGCUCUAUAACACUUAGUACAAUGCUUUCUGAAACUAUUUCUGAGUUAAAGACAAAGAUAGAAAAAAAUACUGGUAUACCAGCACACAAGCUUGUUUGCACACUAGAGCUUAGAGGAAAGACGCUGAAAAAUGACUUUACACUUUCAGAUUACAACAUAAACCCAGGAUCCACUAUAGAACGUAAACGCAACAGCUUACAAGAUUUACAAACACAAACUGAGCUUCUUAAACAGAUGGUUCAGUCCCAAGAACAAAGUCCGAAUAAAUACGGAGUUUUGGCUAAGUCUGAAAACGGAAAGCAAUACUCGGUGUCUGUAGCACCACAAGACAGCACUGUGUCACACUCAGGCAUUGAAAAUGGUUCCUCUAUAAUGUCCGAUAGAGUACCAAAUUUUUGUAAAAGGUUGACAGUGAAAAAAGACAGUAUAAGAAUAAAACCCUCUGACACAGUUGCCGAAUUAAAAACAAAGAUAAAAGAAUUAAAGCCAUGGAUGCCUGAACAUCGGCUUAUUUGCACACAAGAGCUGACUGGAAAAGUGCUGAGAGAUGAUUUGAACAUUUCAGAGUAUGAUAUUAAAUCCGGAUCUACAGUACAAUAUAAAUUCCUCCUACUUGAAUUUCAGGUUUUUAUAAAAUUUCAGACAGAUCAAAAGUACCAACUUCGCGUACAGGUUUCUGACACUAUAUCCAGCUUGAAAGCAGAUAUUCGAGAGAAAUCCGGUCACAAGGCUGAACAAAUCAUAUGCAGACUUGAAUCUACCGGAGCAGAAUUGAUAGAAGAUAUGACAGUUUCCGACUCAAACAUUAAAAAGGGCUCUUCUAUAACUUACUAG